AUGAAGAUGAAGCCUUCUAUGAUGAACAAUUUGUUAGGUCUUCUCCGAAUUCGCGUCAAGCGUGGCGUCAACCUCGCGGUUCGCGAUCUCAAUAGUAGUGAUCCUUACGUCAUCGUCAAAAUGGGAAAACAGAAAUUGAAGACUCGAGUUAUUUACAAUGAUGUAAAUCCUGAGUGGAAUGAAGAUUUGACUCUCUCAGUAACAGACCCUAAUCUUACUGUUCUCUUGACGGUUUACGAUCACGAUACAUUCACGAAAGACGAUAAGAUGGGAGACGCAGAAUUCGCGAUAAAGCCAUAUGUUGAUGCACUAAAGAUGCAAUUAGCAGGACUCCCAUGUGGAACCAUUGUGACCACGGUGCAACCUAGCCAAGACAAUUGCUUAGCUGAAGCGUCUAGGGUUAUUUGGUCUGAUGGUAAGCUUGUUCAGGAUCUAGUCCUUAGACUCAGACAUGUCGAGUGUGGCGAAGUCGAGGCUCAACUUCAAUGGAUUGAUCUUCCUGGCUCUAAAGGUAUUUAG